AUGGCACGCUGGGACGCCUCAGAACCCGGAAAGCUUCCUGACCCCGAGGCCCAGGGGCCAGGGCGGGACGCUCCUGACUGUCAGGGCGCGGUGGCCGUGGAGAAGUGGAGGCCUGAGGCUCAAGUUACAAACUCGUCGCCUGGGAGCCCAGGAUUCGUCCCCGCGCGGGAGCCGGGCUGGGGCGCCGCGCAGGAGCCUCCCGGGGAUGCUCUGCGAGGCGCGGCGGCGGCGGCGGCCUUGGCCACGGGCCAGCCGGCGCGCACGGUGGAUGGUCUGGGGUCCCCUCCGCGCCCUGCCUCCCACAGCUCUCCCAAGAGCUCCGACAAGUCCAAGAGCUUCAGCAUAGACAGCAUCCUGGCGGGACGGCAGGGCCAGGAGCCCACCGGAGGGGCCGAGCUCCCGGGGGGCGCCAAGCCUGCGCCCCGCAGCUGUCUGGGUGCCUCGCUUCUGGCCACCUCUGCGAGCCUCCCUCCGCCUUUCAACGCUUCCCUGAUGCUCGACCCGCACGUCCAGGGCGGCUUUUACCAGCUCGGGAUCCCUUUCCUCUCGUAUUUCCCUCUGCAGCUUCCAGACACGGUGCUUCACUUCAGUAAAGCAAACGGUGGCGGCUCCUUCCCCUACCCUGGUCUGAGCUUGUGA